AUAAUAGGUCUGUACCAAGAAAGUCACCAGGGCUGACAGAGACAGUUGCUGGGUUCAGUUAAUAUCUUCAUUGCUGAUCUUGUUCUGCUUCUUAAUAUGGAACAGCUGAUGAAGAAUCAAAAACAUCAAUCCACUCUCUUCAGCCUUCCUCGGUGUCCACAUUUCACUGCUGUACAAUAAAGUUGGUAUAACCAUGGUUCUAUAGAUCUGCAGCUUCAUAGCAAGCUUGAUGUCAUGACAUCCCCACAGAGAUCACUGAAGGGCUUGAAAUAUGGCAGUAGCUCCGGCUAUACAAGCAUCCACAUCUUUUGAGCAUCCUUCAGCACUGUCUAUGAUGCUUCUUAAGUAUUUAACAGUUGCCACCUGCUCAGUGUCCCAUAGAGACAGGUUAAUACUGAGCUGGCUAUAAUCUGGAAUUGGAGGUUGCUUGAUGGUAAUUCGGUGGUGCGAUAAGGUCAUGAAUGAUAGACAUAGACUGAACAUCCAGCCAGACCAACUUAAGGACUGAGCUAGAGAUCCAUCUGAGUAUCACUUGAGCUGCAAGGAGGCUACCUCUCUUUGGUUUGCCAUGCUGCUGCUGCUGCUGUAAUAAAUUUAAUUCUAUUAUUUAACAUCUAAAGUGGUUUGAGAUACAGUCUGUUUGAAGGAUGCUCUAUACUCUAGUUCUGUAAAUAAGUCCAAACAGAUGAGUUAUUUCCUGAAAAUACAUGUUUGUAAUCAGAACAAAGCCACUGUCUGAUCUACAACUAGAGACUAUUCAUUCAAAGAAACGUGGCUGUAGGCAAAGAGUGGGGGCAGAACUACAUAUCCCAGCAUUCCACAUUAUGGCACCUUGGCUGGGUGCAAAGUUCACUGUCACGUUGACAGUGGAAGGAUUAAGAGCUUAUGGGUGUGUGUUUUUGAGAGGAUCUGUUUUCCCUCUAAUAUCGAAACUGAAGGGUCCUUGGGACGUUUGUGGUAGGGAGCAGUUUGGAUCCGCCUGUUACAACCCCUCUGCUAAGAAAUCCCCGCUAAGAGCAGCUGCUGCAAUCCACACAAUUGGCUCAAGGGAUGGUCUCCACGAGCUGGCUGAGACUAAUCAAGCUACUCGGAUCAGAAAGAAGAUAGCAGGCGUCUGUAUGAUCUAAUCAGGAAGUGUAACAAUCUAGUCAAGAAACCAAAACACCAAACGAUCAACAGAAUGGCAGAAAACGGAGACCAGGAUCCUCAUCGGACCUACCCGGCCCAAGAAUUGAUGAGAAGAGAGGAGGAGAGGACUCCCCAGGUCCAAGAAGGUGAAAAUGUAUUGAGGACCCACCAAGAAAAGAUGAUUGAAGAUUCUGGUUCUGUCCAACUGAAAACCUCCCCAGAAAUAGAAACACUAGGUCCCCAAGAGACAAACAGUGUGUCUGGAAGCCCCUCCGCAGUAAAUGAAGAGGAUUCCUCAGAGGGAAGGCCAGUGAGUUCUGAUGGAAUUUCUCUGAAAACAAACACUGAGGUGUCUCCAGGCCUUCUGAACCUUAACACAAUGAGUAUACCAGACUAUUCCCUGGACAAAGACAUGGUAUUUUCCUUAGGUAAAAGAAAAACAUAUUCAGUGCCAGUUGCUCUGGAGGAGAAAAUCAUAGGGGAACCCCCAACCGAAGAGGAGAACAGCGUACCCACCCCCAGAGGAGAGCCACAAGAUCCCAUAAUCCAAGAAACCACAAUUCCAUCUGCAGACUUCCUGGAACCAACGAAAGAGAGUAUCUCAAACAAGGAAGGAGAGAGACCCCAAGACACAGCAAGGAAGAGACACUCAACUGAAGCGGUGAAGUCAGAGGCUGAAGCCCAUCCACAAGAGACAGAGACCAGGCAGGAAGCAACGCCAGAGAAGGAGAAGUCCUUUUUAGGCAAUGGUCUUGCCUCUCCUGCAGCUUCACUGGGAGUCCUGGUAGUUGUGGUUUGUUUCAGCAUAUAUUGCAAUGGCUACUAUACUUCCCAGCCCCACCAUGUGCCAGAAAAUCCAGCCUUGGAGGCCUUCUUGUCUGGGUUUAACCAGCUGAAGGACAGCUUUCCGGGCCAGAGCUCUUACCUGUGGGUUAGAGGGCGAAAAUUAUUGCAGAGGCAUCUCAACACUUCCAGUCACAGCGAGCCAGCUAUUUUAAUCUUUACUGCUGCCCGUGAAGGUGAAGAAACCUUAAAGUGCCUGAGCAACCGUAUUGCAGAUGCCUACUCCACCUCACUCCGUGCCAGUACGAUCCAGAUUGACGGAGCUGGUAAAGCCACGCUCAGCAGCGACAAAGCUAAACUGGAGGUAGAUCAUGAGCUGAGCACCGGCUUUGAGGAGGGCAAGAGGGCUGCAGUGGUGCACCGGUUCGAGUCGCUACCGGCUGGCUCCACCUUGAUCUUUUACAAGUACUGCGACCAUGAGAGCGCGGCCUUCAAAGACGUGGCGCUGCUCUUAACGGUCCUGCUGGAGGAAGAGAAGCUGGAGGCUAAUAUAGACCUACAGCAGGUCGAGGAGAGAGUCCGUGAUUUCCUCUGGGCCAAAUUCACCAAUGCCAACACUCCCCGCUCCUACAACCACAUGGACACCGACAAGCUGAGUGGGUUGUGGAGCCGCAUCUCCCACCUGGUCCUGCCCAUCCAUCCAGUAAAAGCCAUAGAAAACAAUGGCUGUUCUUUCCAAACCAAACCAUAGCGGUGAAUGAAAUCAGCUUCCAGGACAGCUAAAGCUUUUGUGUAGAGGAGGCAAGUUAUUACUAAGCCAGGGAUCUGGAGCCAUUAAUGAACAAUGAGCUCACUUUAUAAUAGCAUGACACUGUCACAUCUAUUUUUACCUCUUGGAAAGAUUUUAUAAUUUUCAAAGUGAGACCCAAUAGAGCAGGCGUUGACUGGCUAAGCCGUCUCAGCCAAUCAUGUUGGAUAUACACUAGAAUGAUGCUUCCCAUUUGUGGAUUGAUAGAUGGGAAGAGCUAGUACUUUAAACUGCUAACUGCACAGCUAGAAGAUUAUGGCCAAUGGAGAGAAUAGACAGGGAGAGGAGUGGUUACUGAAGGGACAAUAUCACCUUGAAAAGCAGAUUUAUCCUGGAAAAGCUUGGACCUAUUAUAGAUACAUGUAACACAGGAGGUUACUAUAACUGACAGAAGCAACUGGGUUGAAAUAUUUAUCUUCUCCCCCUCCCCCCGCCCCAUUUGUUUACAUUUGACAGCACUUUGCAAAAGGCGAUUUCAUUGUUUCCUUUGCAGUGUCAGUUUCUUUCUCCCUGACUGAAAGAAACGGGGGAGCCGAACACCCCAGUUAAAAAUACUUAAGGGAUAUUUUAAAAAGAAAAUUAGGAUAUACUGGCCAGAGCCUCAGCUGUUGUAAAUCAGCGCAGCUCCCUUGAUACUGAUUUAUACCAGCUGAGGCGCUGGUUCACUGUAUAUAGGGAUUUCAACCAGAAAUGGCAAUUUUAAAAGUAGUAGUCAAUUAAAAAAAAAAUCAGGUUGACAAUAGUUCUAAGGACUCCUCCUGGGGGGGGAGGGGCUAACCUGAGAAACUCCGCAGGGAGACUUUGAAAUCUGAAGUUGUUAUUAUUGAAGUAACUACUUCAUAGCUACUUCAAUCUAAUAUGAAACCCUUGUAUAUGGAAAGGUGCCACAUCUCCCAGCUGCUGUGCAUCUCAAGAUUCUUAGAUUUGUGUGACAAUGCUGCCUUUCAAGUGACACUAUUUGGUAAUGGUUAAAGGAGAGGCCACUCUGAAAAUGGGAAAAGGAGAAGAAGGAAAAGUAGCAGGUAGGGAACAUGGGUAGAGAAGGGAGCAGGGGAGUAGUAAUGGGAGGGAAAAUAUUGAUCCAUAUUAUCCAAGAAGGGAACCUGUCAGAUCAAAUCUGCCCCCAAACUGUAUCAGACAAAACCUAAAACCAAACUAGAUUUUGUCCAGGAUUUUUAAAAAAUUCCAGUGGAUGGCCUUUCUGAACCACACAUAACCCUCUGCAGUAUUUGCAAACCACGGGCCAGAUCCGGAUCCUCUUGCUCAUUUUAAAUAGAACGAGAUGUCCCAUUGGUGCAGUUUGGCGAUGGAGAUGACUUUGCCAGCUUUCCACAAGCAGAGAGUUCCACAGGCCAUCUCCAUCCUCUUAGUCCACUUUGCACUGGUUACAUGGUGCACAGUGGACGUAUCACACUGGAACAUCUGGCCCAUUGACUUCAAAGGGACUAUUUGAUGGAGCAAGGAAAUAUUCAAGGUGAGUCAGAGCAUCCGAACCCGGGCCACAUCAUUGUGUUAGUGCAAGAGAACCUGAAAACGAAACUAACUGGAAGGUGAUUUCAUUGUCCAAACUGAGAGAAAUGCAAGAAGGUAAUUAACUUGAUGGUAUUAAAACCAGAUUAGAUUUUUAAAAUUCAGUUAGAUUAUUUAAACUAGGAUGAUACUAAAAACAUAGGUGAAGGAA